AUGACUGAAGUAGAACCCAAUGUAACAAGAGAAGCUUCCGAACAACCAUCUACCGAAACAGCAGCCGAAACAGGUAAAACAGAUGAACAACGCAAGAUAACCACAACAGAUAAGACGGACGAUAAACCAGUGGAAGAACCAGCUGAGAAGAAACCCAAAACCUCUGCACAAAUAAAGGCGUCUCAUUGGAAACCAGGGUCUCUUGAAAUAAAAGCUUUCACAGGAUACGCCUUGAAACUACGAUGUUGGAAGAAUGUUGACAAGGAAGGCCCCAUAACUUCAGCCGUCGGAUCACAGGCCGAAGCCAAAGAAGACGCAAGCAUAGAGGCCGAUGCUGAAACAAGCAUCGAACCACAAGAAAAGGGAGAUUCGAAACCCGAUCAGGACGAGUCUCAAAGUGAAUCUGAAACUUCUGAGACCCAGCCCAAUUAA